UCUCCUUCAAGGAGAAAAACAAAGAAGCUCCCGUUUCAUUCCGUCUCCCUCCAUAAAAACCCCUCCCGCCAUCCCUCCUCCAAAAAGCAUCCCACAUUCUCGAUCAAAUCCUCACCGUCGUUUUCCAAACCAAUGGCUCUCAAAUCCGUACACGUGUCCGACGUUCCGAACUUCGACCACAUGCCGGAGAACGCCGUUCGCGCUCUUUCCUCCCCUCGCUUCCCAAGAGGACCUGACGGUGUUAAAGCGUCGUUUAAACCGCCGAAGUUUGUCGUGAUCGGCCACCGUGGCAACGGCAUGAACAUGCUUUACUCGGCGGACCGAAGAAUGAAGGCAAUCAAGGAGAAUUCGAUCCUCUCCUUCGACGCGGCGGGCAAAUUCGCCGUUGAUUUCGUCGAGUUCGACGUUCAGGUGACUAAAGAUGACUGCCCGGUCAUUUUCCACGACAAUUUCAUCCUCACCGAAGAAGAAGGCAGUUCUAUAUCCGAGAAGAGAGUUACAGAGCUUACCUUGCCUGAAUUUCUCUGCUAUGGACCCCAAAGAGAGUCUGGAAAUGUGGGAAAAUCAUUGCUUAGAAAAGUUAAAGAUGGGAGAAUUUUCAGCUGGAACGUUGAGGAUGAUGACCCUCUUUGUACAUUACAAGAGGCCUUUCAGAAAGUCAAUCCGUCUAUUGGUUUCAACAUCGAACUGAAAUUCGACGACUACAUUGUUUAUGAAGACGAGACGCUUGUACAUGUUCUUCAAGUAAUCCUACAGGUGGUGUUCAAAUAUGCCAAAGAGCGGCCCAUCAUCUUCUCGAGCUUCCAACCUGAUGCGGUCCAGAUACUCAGGAAAUUACAGAGUGUUUACCCUGUUUUCUUCCUCACAAAUGGUGGCUCCGAAGUUUAUAAUGAUGUGAGAAGAAACUCCAUAGAUGAAGCCAUCAAAUUGUGUUUGGCAGGCGGUUUGCAAGGGAUAGUAUCGGAAGUCAGAGCAAUUUUCAGAAAUCCAGGAGCAAUACCAAGGAUCAAAGAAGCCAAUCUUUCCCUCCUAAGCUAUGGCCAAUUGAACAAUGUCUCAGAGGCAGUUUACAUGCAACAUCUAAUGGGCGUCGAUGGUGUGAUCGUUGACCUGGUUAAAGAGAUCACAGAAUCCGUUUCUGAUUUCAUCAGACCAGCUGAGGAGGCAGAAGAGAGCAGGCAUGUUUUAGAAGGAGAGGGGAAGCUAACGAGAAUCACAAGGCCGAAGUUUUCUCAACACGAACUCUCAUUCCUACUAAAGCUCAUACCUGAAUUGAUACAGUUUUGAACCUACACGCUCAACAAGGAAAAAAUCAUCAUCACUGUCAAAAAGAAGAAGUAGAGGAUAGCUUUAUCCCAUGGGCAUUGUGGUGUAGUAAUUGAUCUGUUAAAUACUAUUGAACUCAUACAUCACCAUGGAUAGGGCUUCCUUUUGUACCACAAAAAAUCUAUAUGAUCUUGGGCCGUGUUAUUCAUUCAGUUGCA